AUAUUUCAGAAAUGAAAAUGAAAGUCUCUUGGCCUGUUUAUGCAGUAAAUUCAGUAUUGUGUGAAAACAGAGGUCAAACUGGAGAGUCAGUGACGAAUGUGUGAAUUACUUGGGUUGUUUAUUAGUCAGUCAGGACCAGGAAGAGAUGCUUUUCUGUACAGCAGGAAGUGGAAGCGGUGCGUUACUGGUUUAUGUUAUGCAUUGUUUGUUACAGCAAACAAGCAGUUAACAACAAGGUCACCUUGUGUGUGUGAGCAGAACUUCUCCAAUGUAUGGGACAAGAAAUGCUGCAACAAAGAGGACAGAAGGACAGGGGAGAAGGAAAAGCAGAGAAAGACAAAAAAAGGAGUGCCUCAGAAGUGACAAAAGAGGAGCCCUACAAAAUCUACGGCACUUUGUGAACAGUGAAGAAAAGAUGAGACCAUUAAAGAAACACAGAGGACGUUCUCCACCGUUAACUAGAGGCAGAGGGGGCAGAAGGAGAGGGGGCUCUCAGCAUCUCCAAGAGAAAGACCCCAAAAGAGUCAAGAGGGAGACGCUUGUCAAAACCCCACAGCAUGCAGCCAAUGCUUCGUCUACACGUAAACAGACCCAGUCUGCAGCCGCCAACUCUAACGAAGAGACAGUCACAAACAGUAAUGCCCCUCUGAGGGAAGAGUCUGCUGAGCUGAAGAAACCUGUGGAGUCAGUUGAGAAGGAUGUAAAGAAGGCAGAAGAAAAGACAGAAAAUCAAAAGGCCGUGGGCACGAAUGGAAAUAGUGCCAUGUCCACCGAUGCUGUGGCAUUUCCUACUUCUUCCCCAGCGCCACUCUCCACAGCCACGCCCCCUCUAGCCACCAAUCACAGCCCUAGUUUAGGCUCAGUCUCUAGUAGGAAAACAGCCACAUUUAAGGCUCGUGUGCCCAAGAAAAAAUACACAUAUGAGCACUUUGCUAAUAAUGCAAGUGCCCUGACUACCUCCAGCCCUGCACUCAUACACAACAGUUACUGCAGUACUAACAGCAAAAUCACUGAUAGUGUGAAUACAGCCAAUAAUUUCAACAGUAGUAACAAUAUUAGUAAUAACAUUAAUAAAGACAUUAAUGUGAGCAACAAUAGUAAUACUAACAGUGACACUACAAGUGAUAUUAACAACCCAGUUAACAGUAGAAACAGUAGUACUGGGAGCCAUAGUACUUUAAUUAUUAGCAGUAAUAGUAGAAUUAAUAAUUGCUCAGGUAAUCAACCAUCAGUGCUAACUGUGGAUAGUAAAGCUACAGAAGUAAACCAUUUUGUUUCCAUUGAGGAUAGGACCCUCAGGACAGCAGAUUCCCAGGAAAAAGAUGCCCAGACCGGGGAAAAUGAGUGUGAGGGGGCCCCUAACUCAGUGCGCUCCUCGUCCACCGAUACAGCUAGUGAACAUUCGGCUGACCUGGAUAUGAUUGAAGCAACGGGACCAAACUUUCAUCAGAAGAACUCCCACAUCCCAGCUCCUCUCCAUAAAUCGCACCUUAAAGAGGCCGGUCUUUCAGAGGGGCUAGCUGAAGCUCUGGCCAAAGGCAUGAAAAACCAGAGAGUUCUAGCUCGCCAAAUAAAGAGGACCAUAGAGGGUGACGUUGGGGCUGCAGGAAACAGAAGGGUUAAGGAAGCUGACUCAUGUUCUUUAUCUCCUGUGUUCAGACCAGGGGUGGUGCGUAGGGUGAGUGAAACUACCGUUGAGGUCCAGCUCCAAGGAGAGGAAACCCUUAUUAAAUACCCUUUCCAUGGUGGAACUGUGAUGGCAUCGUCAUCGGGAGCUGAAAGCAUUGUGGAAUUCAUUUUGGAUGCCCCUCCACCUGGCAUGGCACCUGUGGCUGUGGGGACACGAGUGUGUGUGCCCUUUGGUGGAGAGGAGGGGCGUCCCCUUCUAUACAGAGAGGGGAUUAUUAUUCAGGUGGACCCCCACCCUGGUGUCUCGUUUCCUUACCAAGUGUUACUGAGUGAAGACAGAGAGACUCUGGAUGAUGGAGGGGUGGGGGAAGGGAAAGAGAAAAAUAAAGCUAAUGAUCAAGCUGUGUGGGUGUCCCGACAAAGUCUCAGACUGCUCACUCCUCCUUGGGAGGUCCCACAUUUGGAUGGAGGGAUGGCCAAGGAGAGAGAGCGGGAGAGGGAAAGGGAAGAGAGAGAGCGAAGGGAGGAGAUGGAGGUAGAGAGGGAAGUGUGUCAGUUAAGUAUUGGAAUGGGGGUGCUGGGAGGGGGAUCAAGGUUGGUCCAUGGUUUUUCACAUGAAGGGGUCACAGGAGGGCAUCCCUAUGGAAACGUACAUCCACCGCCCCACCCCAGCGUAGCUGGCAGCACAGUUCAUGGCUGUGGAGAUAACUACUCUGACAGAGAGAGACAGAAACAGCCAAACAGUCCAGAGGAGGAUGUAGAAGUAUCUCGUUUUAACAUGGGACUCACUGUUGGUCCCAAGCAAAACACUGUGGCCUCUCAGCACAGAAACAUCAUCUCCAAGUCUACUGGCUACCCUCCUUCCUCCCCUCACCUCACUGUGGUACGGGGUCUGGGACCCCCACACCUCUCCACCCUGACUAGUCCUCAGCCACCCCCUUCCCCUGCUUUACUGGGGUCUGAAAUGAACAGCACCACUCCAAACCCACCUCCAUCAAAGACCACUCCCACUCAAACCCCUACAUCAACUUCUGGUGGGGGGUCCUCCUCUACCUCUCGCACAAGGACGCCCCUCUCAUUGGCUCAGCAGAAAUACAAGAAGGGCGAUGUAGUGUGCACCCCUAAUGGUAUCCGUAAGAAGUUCAAUGGCAAGCAGUGGAGGAGGCUGUGCUCCAGGGAGGGCUGUAUGAAGGAGUCACAGCGUCGAGGAUACUGCUCUAGACACUUGUCCAUGAGGACCAAAGAAAUGGAGGCAGCAGGGGGAGAGAGGGGAGGAGGAGGCAGCAGCUCUGGGACAGUCACUCCCUCUGACCUGCGAGGUAGAGCAAGCAGCGAGUUUGAGUGGGACGACACAUCAAGAGAGAGCAGUGAGACCAGUAGCAGAGGAGACUCUAGACCCCGCCUGGUCCUCCCUUCCUUCCUCCCUCAUGAUCUGUCAUCACGCUUUGACUACGACGAGUGUGAGGCCGCCACCAUGCUUGUGUCAUUAGGGAGCUCCCGCUCUGGCACCCCCUCCUUUUCUCCCAUCUCUAACCAGUCACCCUUCUCCCCCGCCCCCUCUCCCUCACCCUCCCCGCUGUUCGGCUUUAGGCCGGCCAACUUUUCCCCGAUUACAGCCUCCCCUGUCCUACAACACAGGAGACACAGGCAACCUAGUGGGACGAGUGGAGGAGGGGCAGGGGGAAGUAAGGCGACAACCCCAGCUGGAGGAGGAGAACGGGAGAGACACACUUCAGGCAUCCAGCCCUCCUUCCACAGCAACCUAAUGUUUACAGUCCCCAUGAGCCCCAGCAAACGAAAGCCCGAUGCACCUCCUCCACCACCCCUUCCCUCACACCACCAUGAUUACACACCCAAGACAGAGCUGGAGCAGGGGGACCUCAACAAUUCUUUCAGGGUGCUGUCCCCACAGACACCAGCCUCACAUUCCCACACACACACACCCACUUUCUCCCGACCCAGAGGAGUGACCACCCCGUGCUCUAGCAGGCCACCGUCCUCCACUGCUGUCUCCCCACCUCCUUUGCUGGUGUCCCCAACUCCUCCUUCUCCUCUCACUCCAGAUGGAGGACCUCGUCGUGUCGUCCCUGUAUCCCAGCAGGCGUUGCGGGACUCCCCUGUCAUUGUGAGGAAUCCCGAAGUCCCACUGGCAAAAUUUACAGAAUGUCCCCUAGGAAGAGGAGCAGGAGGAGGUGUAAAUGAGGGAGGGACAGAUAACACCUCUUCUAAAGACAUAAGCCUAACGCCCCUUACCCCUCAGCCGAUUUCUGGCCUCCAGGUUCCUGUCCCCAUUAACGCUGCUGCAGCAACAGUAGCCAAUGGCACCGUCCUUUUGCGGAGUCCAGCCCAAACUCUGGUGCUUGUGUCCCCAACACCUUCCUCUCUGCCCACCACCGACACCCCAGUCACUCCGAUCCAGGCCUCGUCGGCGAGCACAACAGUUCCCGUUCCAAGUAGCACGGACAACUCUGGGGAACGAGAUGAGAACAGGGCGACAGGGUUUGGGGGUGAGGUCCAGCAGCCCGUUCCCUGUCACCCCUCUCCCACUGCCCUGCUGCCCCUGAUCCUCCCAGCUGAAAGCCUUCACCCUGUCCCACGAAAAGACAUCAUUAUGGGGCGUCCCGGCACAGUGUGGACCAACGUAGAGCCGCGGUCAGUUCCAGUCUUCCCCUGGCAUUCAUUGGUUCCUUUCCUGGCACCCACCCAAUCAGAUGCUUCUUCUCAGCCAGGAGAGGGCCCGCACCCGGUCAACCACCCCCAAGCAGCCAGUCUGAAGACAGGUACUGAAUACAAGUGUCAAGGGGUGGCAUCGCUGUCACAGGAGCCUGCAGAGGCACCUCCCACUGUAGAGAGAGGUCCCCUCUCCCAGCCUCCCCCCUCUUCUGAUGAUCCGCUUCCAGAGAAGGAGAAAGGAGAAGCAGAGAGGGAGAGGCCUGACAGUGAGACAGAAAGUGAUGUGGACGAUCCCUUCCUCCCAGGAGUGGUACCAGAGCAGCCCCUCUCAACAUCGCCGGUAAAGAGACGCACUCAGUCUCUCAGUGCACUGCCUAAAGAUGGGGAUAAGAGCAGCCCUGGGAAGAGGGAGAAGGACCACAUCCGACGACCGAUGAAUGCAUUUAUGAUCUUCAGUAAGCGCCAUCGGGCAUUGGUGCACCAGCGACACCCAAACCAGGACAACAGGACAGUCAGCAAGAUUCUUGGGGAGUGGUGGUACGCUCUGGGACCAAAGGAGAAACAAAAGUAUCAUGAUCUGGCCUUCCAGGUAAAAGAGGCCCAUUUUAAGGCUCACCCAGACUGGAAAUGGUGCAACAAAGACAGAAAGAAGUCCAGCUCUGAAGGCCGUGGUGUGCCAGGGGGCAAAGACAUCAGAGAAAGGAGCAUGUCUGAGUCCACAGAGCCCCAUUCUGUGGAGCUGAAGGUGGCUGGUCCAGGUCUAGUGGGAGUGUCUGAAAGGAGCACAGGAGAAGGUCAUGCGGGCCAGCUUACCCGUCCUCGAGCCUUCUCUCAAAGUGCUGUGCACAGCCUGGAGAGGGGUGACAGGGGCAAUACACAGGCCCUGGCAGAACUGGCACAGAUGUGUGGGGAUGGUGGCAGUCAGUUUUCGAGUCAUGCCCCACCUCUGUCACAGUCCCAGAGGGGAGUCAGCGAGGACAUGACUAGUGACGAGGAGCGCAUGGUCAUCUGUGAAGAGGAAGGAGAUGAUGAUGUCAUUGAGGACCCUUAUCCUAGCGGUUCGAUAGACCUCAAGUGUAAGGAGCGGGUGACUGACAGCGACAGCGAUAACGGGUCUGGAGACGAAAGUGAACGAAAGAGAGUCUUUGCUCCAGUCAUUUGCUCUUCUGCAUUAUCAUCAUCUUCACAUACUCCUCAUGGCAGGAGUGUCUCACUGUCCUCUUACCCAACCAGUAAGCGUUACGAUGAAGGGAGAUCAGGUGGGGGAGGCUUUUCCGAUCACAGGAGGAAGGAAAGAGGGGAAGGAGAGGGUAAAGACACCUUUGUUAGUGAGGUGGGAGGAGGAGUGCAAGCCACUUCUCUGUCCCACUCUUCUGGCCAGUCAGUUAUCUCCACCUCUGGAGCUGGAGGGCCACCAUCCUCAUCAGUAGGUUCACUGGGUGGGAACCCACUCCUGGGCGUUGGUGCUGUAAGAGUGGCCUCUACAGUGGUGACCAAUGUAAUGCGUCCUGUUAUCAGCACACCACUCCCCAUCGCCAGCAAACCCAGAGAUGGAGGCACAUCAUCCAGCCCACAUCCACCAGAGAGGAAGUCACUGACUCCCCAGCAGCAACCACAGCUUCUAAUUGGUUCAGGACCAGGAGGUGGGGCCACAGCCACAGGGGGUGGGUACUACUCUUCAUCGUCACCUAAUCCUGUAGGUGCAGGCUCAGGUGUAGUGACUAAUUUGGUAUUAGGGGGGGCUCUGUCUGCUCAACCUGCUGUACAGCUCAUCACCCCCUCCCCCCAGCCUCAGCCCUCCCAGCAGCAGGCACUUCCCUCCACCGCUGUUUCUGCACCACAUAGCCAAACAAAUGGGCCCUUGCCUCUGCCCCUGCUUCAGCCCCAGUUCCUUCCUGCUUCUUCCUUAGCACCCCCUGGGGGUAAGGCCAUCACGCAAGUUCAGUACAUCCUGCCCACCCUACCUACCAACGCUCACCCCAAAAGUCCACCUCAGCAGCUCAGCCAGCCAACCAGUAUCUUCAACCUGCCCACAGCGCCGCCCACACAUGUGUCCCUCGCCAAUGGAAAGCAACAGGGUACAAGUUCACUGACGGGAUAUACGUCCAGCCAAACAGUGGGAGUCGUCAGCCCAGGAACUAGAGUGCAAACACAAUCUCCAGUGCUCCAGGGUAAAAUGCUUGUUCCCAUGGCAACAGUACGGACUGCACCAGCCCCUGCCCAGCAGUUUCCCAUUGUGGCUCCACCUCUUCCUGUCCAGAACGGUGCCCAGACCGGAAGCAAGAUCAUCCAGAUAGCUCCCAUGCCUGUGGUCCAGUCCCAGCUGCCUCAGGGUGGAGCAGUUCACCCUGCCAGCCCCUUCCCUGUAACAGUGGGCACAGCGGCUGUGGUGACUCCAGGAUCUGCCCCCUCCCAGGCUGUACUGCUGCCACCUGCUCCUACCAGAAUCACCUAUGUCCAGUCCACUCCAGGCGUCCCGACCACUCUGCCUCUGGUCUCCACAACAACAAGCUCUUCCACCUCCCAACAAGCCCUGCCAGUGGCUGGAUCUGCAUAUGUUCCGUCACCCCUCGCAACAUUAGGGUUCACAGCCAUCGCACCACCUGGACAGGCGCUGGUUCAGCCUCUGAUUGCAGGUCAGCCACCGCUCCUAGCCCCAGCUCAGUCUCCAUCGCCCUCCACCUCAGCCCCUGCCUCAGGCAGCCAGAUAGUCACAGCCAUCUACCCCCCCUCACCUAGCAUCACUAUGGCAACGGGGGUGGUCUCCAUGACAGCAGUACCCCCCAGUGUGGUCUACUCUGUUUCCAGCCCCUCCAGCGCUUCUCCCCACAUCCUGUCCAAACACACAGCCAUCUCCACCACAGUCUCGCACCCACAUCCGCACCACCAUUUGGACAGACAGGCAGACAGACACCUGCUGGCAGACAGACCUGCAGAUCGACAGACUGAAAGACAGGCUGAGAGGCAGACAGAACUGCUGAUGCAUUCGGACAGACACUUGGAGAGGCAGGCGCAGACCUCCAGCAGUAGCGGCUCAGUGGCACCUCCCAGUGGCUCAGCUGUGUCCAUAAGGCCCUGCAGUCCUCCGCUCCAGAUCCAGACACCUGUUUUUACAGGCAGUACACCGGGCACACCCAAACUAACCCAGCUUCCAGUCAGGACCCCUCAAAAGGUGAAAGCAACUGUGGCGAACAUCCCUGUGGGCAACUAUGAAGGAGGAAGUCGAGGAAAAGAGAGAGAAAGAGAGAAGGACAAGGACAGAGAGAGGGAGAGGGAGCGAGAGCGGGAAAAGGAGAAGGAGAGAGAAGCUGCAGCCAGUGGUCAUUUCUCCUUCGAUCCUGAGUCUCCAUCAACACAUCCUGCCGAGGAGCCGCCGUCCUCGGACAGACCCCUGGAGGGCUCCAGUGCCGCAGACUCCUCUGACACAAGGAGCAAGGAAAGCACAACCACCAAAGAGGCUGGAUGGAAGGAGUCCCUCCCCUCCUCUCCUCUCCCCCCUCCAUCAGCCACAGAACCGUCCCUGCCACCCCCACAGACUGACAAAGAUGGCCCUACACCCAAAAAGGUCAAAGCCCGCCCACCUCCACUGAAGAAGACUUUUGACUCAGUGGACAAGUCUGUCAGGGUGCUGUCAGAGGUGUAUUUUGAGGAGCGCUUCGCAGAACUGCCAGAGUUUCGGCCUGAGGAGGUUUUGCCUUCCCCCACCCUGCAGAGCCUGGCCACUUCCCCCCGUGCCAUUUUGGGCAGCUAUCGACGCAAGAGGAAGAACUCGACAGAUUUGGACUCGGCCACUGACGAUCAAGUCUCUCCUAAGAGGAAGAGUCGGCGGCGCUCAAGCUGCAGCUCAGAGCCCAACACGCCUAAAAGCGCCGCCAAGUGUGAAGGAGACAUCUUCACUUUCGACAGGACAGCCACAGACGGAGAAGACAUCCUGACAGAACUGGAGUUUGAGAAGGUGCCGUACUCCUCCCUGCGACGAACACUGGACCAGAGGCGAGCGCUGGUCAUGCAGCUGUUCCAGGAGCAGGGCUUCUUCCCAUCAGCUCAGGCCACUGCAGCUUUCCAGACAAGAUACUCCGAUAUAUUUCCAACUAAGUUGUGUCUGCAGCUAAAGAUCAGGGAGGUCCGGCAGAAGAUCAUGCAGACGGCGACCCCCUCUGAUGCCUCUGGUUUAGGCACCCCUGAGUCAACUUGCUCUAUCCCUGGACCUUCCUGCUCCCAGUCAGGAGAAGGAUCUGCGAGGGGGGAGCUGCAGGAUGAAGAAGAGGAGCAAGGGACAGAGGCGAGCCCAGAUGAUGCUCGUGAUUCACAGGACUCUUCCAGAUGAGGGACGGUGACAAGAUAAAUUGACCAGUCGGUGACGUCACACCUUUCCACCCCUUACACACUUUCACACUUUACUCCCCCCCCCACCCCCAACACUCUUAACUCACUGGUCAGAGCCUGAUUUCUUUCCACCCUCAGCCGCCAACCUGUGAGAGUGAGAGAUGUAUGUAUGCAACGGUUUUUUGUAAUGUGUGACCCUCAUACCAAAAAAGGAUGUGAAAGACCAGUGGCACAAAACUACCAUCUAACACCACCCUAACACACACGCACACACACACAGAGACUGCACCUCCCGGUUUCCACACUCGAAUUAGCUCUCUGUAUUACCCACCUUGGAGAAAGCUCUGAUAGAUGCCAGUGAACGAAGGACCAUUGUGUGCAGCUGCGCUCAUUUGCCUUGAAGAAGCUGCUUAAACCCUUUCUGAGAUGGUGAAAAGUCAGCAGUUUUAAAACAAGGACGUUUUAUGUUUUGAUAUUUGUUUUUAAAAGGAUAAGCAGGAGUGAAUGCAGGAAGCAUCUGCUUGAGGAACAAGCUGUAUGUAGACUUAGCUGUUGUAAGCUUGUGUCUCGUUUCUGCUGACAUUAGGGGGCUGGGCCCUCAACAGCCGGAAACCAUUUGAUUUGAGAAGAGAACUCAUUACUACGACCUGGAAAGAUCCUUUUCUCCAUUUUAUUGCUCACAUGUAGACCUUCGGUGGAGGUCUACCACGAAGUGACUGAAAAAUUGACUGAAACUCAAGUGGACUUCUGGCAGUGCCAUCAUUCCUGCAAUUACCUUGUCUGGCCAAGUCCUCCCUUCUUGUGACUGACCCGAGCACAUGCCAGAAGGAAGGAACCAAGCAUUCCUGUGCCUCUCAUUCGCUAGCCAUGAAGGAAGGAGGUGGGUCAGAGUCAUCAGGCACAUCCUGGCUCUUAGUUGUAGAGGUCAGGCUGUUAAGUCCUUAAUCCUCUAUUGCCAAGCGGUUUUAUUAACUUCUUAAAAUAAUUUGAUUUGUAUUUAAUAUUGUCAUACUCAGUUUGUUGUACUAUUCCCUAUGGUUAUUAUUAUUACUCCUCAUAUCAUCGCAGUGAACCCUCUUCCUUUUGUUUCUUUCAUGUCUACCAGCUGUUGAUUUUUGUACUUUUUUGUUUCUGUUUUUGGAGGCAGGUGAGAGAUUUUUCUCCACACCUGUACUGUUCCUCCAUUGUAGUCUUCCCUUGACUGGCCUCUCACCUCAGCAAGGAGUUGCGGUGCAGUCGUUUUUAUUGUUCAUUUCAAAGAGGAGGACAAACACAACGUGGACCUUUGUAUUCUUUCAAUAGUAAUAAGCCGUAUGUUUUUAGACAACCCUGUAUGCCUCUGUCCCUCGCCAAGUUUGAUUCUAUACCCUCCACACUUGUACAUCUCCUUCCUCCACCUCUAUCCUUCCCUCCUUCCUCUCUUAGUCACUUUAUUGCUUUCUCCAGACCUCCUUUUUAACAGGCGGAGAGAAAACUGGGGGAAGCGAGGGGAGGGUAAUGAAUCAAAGAGAGCUGGUAGGAUCUAAUACUGGUUGUGUCUUUGUGCAAGACUUGGUUGUGUUGUAAAUACUUACUGUAGAGUCAGUAGACUCAUUAUAUUAUAAGGAAAAAAUCUGUCAUUGAACAUUUGACCUUUAAGACACCCAUUACCGAAAGUAAAACACAUGAAAUGGAAAAAAACAAUAAUAAAUAUGGCUAUUAAUGUUUUUGUGUUACUCCUUGUUUUGCUGUUCCAGUAUACAAGAGAGGAAUUUAUAUGAAUAAUUUAAGUUUGUAUCUGUAUCUUUCAGUAUGCAAAUAAAAACAGGUGUUCAAUUAAAGUGAUUUUAUGGCUAGCAAA